UAGUCUCUCGGGCGGCCACAGGCCCCGCCCUCCUCCACCCGGAAGUGGGCUGGCGGCUCCAAGAUGGCGUCUCCUCCCGCGGGGGGCCCGAUGGCGAUCGCGAUGCGACUCCGGAACCAGCUCCAGGCCGUCUACAAGAUGGACCCGCUGCGGAACGAGGAGGAGGUGAAGGUGAAGAUGAAGGAGCUGAACGAGCACAUCGUCUGCUUCCUCUGCGCCGGCUACUUCAUCGACGCCACCACUAUCACCGAGUGCCUGCACACCUUUUGCAAGAGCUGCAUCGUGAAGUUCCUGCAGACCAGCAAGUACUGCCCGCUCUGCAGCACCAAGAUCCACGAGACUCAGCCGCUGCUCAACCUCAAGCUGGACCGCGUCAUGCAGGACGUUGUCUAUAAGCUGGUGCCUGGAUUGCAGGAGAGUGAGGAGAGGAGGAUCCGGGAGUUCUAUCAGUCCCGAGGGCUGGAGCGGGGGAGCCAGGCCAGCCACGAAGACCCUGCCUCAGACCGCGUGGGCCUGCCCUACACCACCUUUGACCAUUCGCGUGCUCACUAUUACCGCUUCGAUGAGCAUGUCACCUUGUGCCUGGAGAAGCAGAGGGUUCGCAGAUUCCCUGGGGGCUGCUGGCAGCGGCUCCCCUUCUCUGGGCGCCUGAGCUGCUCCCACACUUCCCUCCCUUUUGAGGUGGGCCGGAUUCAGCCUCCCCUGUCUUCCCCUCUUGCAGCUGCUCUGGGAAAGAGAAGAGCAAACACAUCCUGCAGCAAAAAUACGUACGCUGUUCCGUGCGGGCCCAGAUCCGUCACCUCCGCCGGGUUUUGUGCUGCCGACUGGAACUGGCCUUGCAAUAUGUACAGAUCCUGUUUGACAACGAGGUGCUUCCGGAUCACCUGACUCUGAAGCAACUUUGGCUCACCCGCUGGUUUGGCAAGCCAGCCCCUCUGCAUCUCAACUACAGUGUGAAGGAGAAGAGGAGGUAGGGGGCAAUGGACCGUGAUGUCCCCUUCCCAGAGCUGGUGCCCCCCCCCCCGGCCCUUUAAUUUAAGGAUCUCUGCUCUUCCACGGGCAUUUAUUUUUGUAAUAAAAAGACUGAUGAUGGA